AUGGAAUAUUAUCCUUAUUCUGAAUCAUUUGAAACUAUUUCACCUACCGAUAAUAAUCAUAAUAAUCAUGGUGAUGAUUCAGAAGAUACGCUAAUAAGAAAUAUUCGGUCUACUUAUGGUUCUUAUAGCUAUGCAAAUUCACGUUCCCGUCAUUCUUCUCGAUCUACCGAAUCUCGUUCAAGAAUAUCAACCGGGGGAUCUUUCCUAUCUGCUGUACCCUUGUCAAAUACGCUUGAUUCAUCUACCAGUUCUCGAAUAAUAGAUGCGUCUACAAACACAUCAUCUUCUCAACGUUCAAGAUAUAGGGCUGCCCCUAGUCAAGAAAAUGCAAUAGCAACGGAAUCAGAAAGAUCUCCUGGCGAUGAAUCUGAUGUAGGGUUUGAAAGAUUUUUGGAAACACUUCAAUUGAGACAUAGAGAGGCUUCAAAUAGAUCACAAACAACACCAAACAACACCGUUGCUACUAUUGCUGAUGGUGUUACGACAUCAAUACCAUCAUCGUUACUCAAUUCAGAAGAGUUUAUUCCUGAUACAAAUUGUAUGUAA